AUUUCAAGAUCUACUUGCCAGUUAAGGAAUAUCCUGAGCACAGAUGCGUGCGGUCCCAACCCCUGCUUGAUGGAGGGAUAAGCUCUGAGGGACGUGAUUUCUGCACACGCCAUCUCUCCACUCCUGGCUGCAGCUGGAGGCUGGGGACGGCAGAGCUCCAGAAGUGCUACGGGGAAUUUUUAGCUUCUCACAUGAUGUGGGCCAGCUUGAAUAAAGUAAGGACAGUAAUCAGGGUGCUCCUCUCUGGUUUGAUAGUCAGCUUCUGACUUUCUUCCAAGUUGCAAGUGUAAAGGAACAGGGGUAUGGCCACCCAGCAAGAAGUGCUUUGGCUGUACAACUGUGAAGUUGAGGCACAAAAGAGCUGAUGGACCAGGCAAAGCAUCUAAACUGAAAAUUCCUGUUUUGUUCAGCAUCUGUAAAAACAUGUGGGAUUCAAUAAGACACAGAGGAUCAUUGCCUGAGGCCCGAGAGUACAGAGAGAAUGAGGAAAGGCAGCUUGGAAAAGUUUGUUAGAAAUAAGAAUUCAUUCAUUAGAGAACUUAUUUUUUGCUUUUCUUUUAAUUUAUCUGCCUCUUGGUGUUCAGAGCGAAGUCAUGUGAGCUUCUGAGCUGCAGGGACAGAGACAGAGAACGUGUGCAUCAGUGCAGAGUGCUGCUGGAGCCCUGGCAGAGCGAGCAGGAGGCGGAGGGAGCGUGAGAGGGAAAAGGCGAAGUGGUGGGAGCUGGAACAGCAGCAGCAGCAGCUGCUGCUUUCACGUUGCAGCUCAUGCCCAGGAAUCAUCUCUGCUGCCAACACACUUCUCUGAAGGCUCAGGUGCCUCAGGUUCAAAAGUCCUCAAAGGUCGGUAUUACUUCCAGGAGCCAGGUGGAGCUGCUUUGUUUUUUUCUUUUCCUGCCAAGAGCAUCUGUUUGAAGGCUUUGCUCCUUUUUCCGGAUUGAAAGAGCAUACUCGUCUCCUGCUCUCUGCACUCUCCUCUCUGUCUCACUGCUGCCUGAGGGGUCUGUGUCCCUAUGGAUGCUCCCGUACAGAUUUUCCGUGAGGAGCCAGACUCCACCUGCUCCCCGGGACCCUGUCGUCCUCCUAGCACCAGCAGCAGCUGGAUGCUGGGCUGGACGGACUAUGAGAGCAAUGCCACUGGGGCCUUUGGGGACACACAGCACAACCACACCAGCAUCUCCCCUGCCAUCCCCAUCAUCAUCACUGCCGUCUACUCAGUGGUCUUCGUUGUCGGCUUGGUGGGAAACUCUCUGGUCAUGUUUGUCAUCAUAAGGUAUACAAAGAUGAAGACAGCAACCAACAUCUACAUUUUCAAUCUGGCUAUGGCAGAUGCACUAGUUACCACAACUAUGCCUUUCCAAAGUACUGAGUACCUGAUGAACUCUUGGCCUUUUGGUGAUGUGCUGUGUAAAAUAGUUAUUUCAAUUGACUAUUAUAACAUGUUUACCAGCAUAUUCACACUGACCAUGAUGAGUGUCGAUCGAUACAUUGCUGUGUGUCACCCUGUGAAGGCUCUGGACUUCCGUACACCUCUCAAGGCAAAGAUAAUCAACAUCUGUAUCUGGCUAUUGUCCUCAUCUGUUGGUAUAUCUGCAAUAGUUCUUGGAGGUACCAAAGUCAGGGAAGAUACUGCUAGCACUGAAUGCUCCUUGCAGUUUCCAGACAGAGAUUACGUGUGGUGGGACAUCUUCAUGAAAAUCUGUGUCUUUGUCUUUGCAUUUGUUAUUCCUGUUCUCAUAAUAAUUGUUUGCUAUACUCUGAUGAUCCUGCGCCUUAAAAGUGUACGGCUUCUCUCAGGGUCUCGAGAAAAAGACCGAAACCUGCGCCGCAUCACCAGGUUGGUUCUUGUGGUUGUGGCAGUUUUUAUUGUCUGUUGGACUCCUAUUCACAUUUUCGUGCUGGUUGAAGCCUUAGGGGAUGUGUCCCACAGUACUGCUGCUAUAUCCAGCUAUUACUUCUGCAUUGCUUUGGGUUACACCAAUAGCAGCCUCAAUCCAAUCCUUUAUGCUUUUUUGGAUGAGAACUUCAAGAGAUGCUUCAAGGACUUCUGCUUCCCCUUUAAGACGAGGAUGGACAGGCAGAGCACCAGCAGAGUCAGAAACACUGUGCAAGACCCGGCUUAUAUGAGGGAGACAGAUGGGACAAACAAACCUGUAUGACUAGUCGUGGAAAUGUCAUCUUACUGUCCUCAAGAAAGAGAAGAGUCUAAUGACCUAGGACUGACACAGAUUACCACUGCAGUUUGAACUAGAUGCACCCAGACAGAUGUUUCUUGAAUAUUUCAGAAAUCCUAAUAGUUUGAACUAAAGCAAGUCAAUUAUUGACAAACAAGAACCUCCUGAAAAUAAGCUCAAAUGAAAAGGACCUGACUGAUGGUCAGGUUUUGGCACCAUGUUUGCUGUACUUGAGCAGGUACUAAUACACACUUUGGGGGAGACAGGAGUUGAUUCAAGAUAAGAAAAGUUCUAGCUUUCUCUUUACCAUACAUAAGGUUACAUUAGGCAACAUUUGGUCUUAACACUGAGUAAUACCAGAAACUUUUACCCCCAGAGUGAUUGCUUCUGAACUAUGUAGUUUGACAACUCAAUUUGUUAUACUGUUUUACAGUGAAGACUGUUGUUUAGGUUUCUGCAGAACAAUGGCAGAUCUAUAAUCAAUAUUGUCCUCAAUUAAUAUGUCCGUAACCUUUGUCUGUGCUGUGGAAAACCAAUUGAAGCAUGAUCCACCUACACACCAAAGUGAUGUUAUUGCGUCUGUAUAUGGUAAAGCAUUUUGGCAUUUAAAAAAUUGGAUUUAAGGAGAUUAGAAUAAUCUUAACACCUCUUUAAUCACCCGUGUGUAAUGUUUUCUAUGUGUGAUUUUCCAAGAUGAUUGUAUAUUUAUUGAUUGUGAAUAAUAUAAUAUGCAUUUUCAGAGUGUAUUUUGAAAUAGGAUAGAAAAUUUCAAAUACUUCACUUGCUGCAGAACUGAUGGAAAACCGUGCCAUAAUUGUUACAUGGGGGAAAUUAUUGCAUUCCAUUUUCAGUAAAGGGGACAAAGGGACAUAAUUAAAAUAGUGUAGUACUUGUUUUCCUGGACAAUUUGUAAGCAGACUAAAAUCAAUAAAUAUUUGAGUAAUUAUAAACUAACGAAUUAGCACAUGGAUUAACUGGGCUGAUACAAAGGAAAUGAAGAUUAGAUAUCCUGGAUGCUCUAAUGGCAUUUGAUUGGAAAAGUUCCCAUUUCAUUGGUGAUGGUACAUUUGCUUUGAUACAGUCCUAUGAAUUCAGUAAAUUUCUCUGUUUUCCGGUAAAGAUGGAGAUGCCAAGGAACAGCUACACAAGUUAUUGACUUGCUAAAGGUAAGCUUAUGGUAAAACUGAGCUUAACUUUCAGUCCGUAGUCUUUUUCUUCGUAAUUGUUCCAUAUUACUACCACUACUUCUGCUAUUGCUGAUGUUUGUAGAAAUGCGCUCCUUAUCUUCACUGGGAACAGAUCAGAGAAUCAUAUGAGUAGAAUCACAGAAUGGUUUGGGUUGGAAAAGACCUUAAAGAUCAUCUAGUUCCAACCCCUCUGCCAUGAGCAGGGACACCUUCCACUAGACCAGAUUGCUUAAAGCCCCAUCCAACCUGGUCUUGAACACUUCCAGUGAUGGGGCAUCCACAGCCUCUAUAGCCAGCCUGUUCCAGUGCUUCACCUCUCUCAUGGUGAAGAAUUUUUUCCUUGUAUCUAAUCUAAAUCUACCUUCUUUCAGUUCACAGCUUUCCCUAUUACUACAUGCCCUUGUAAAAAGUUCCUUUCCAGCUUUCUUGUAGGUCCCCUUUAGGCACUGGAAGGUUGCUAUAAGGUCUCCCCUGAACAUUCUCUUCUCCAGGCUGAACAACCCCAGCUGUUUCAACCUGUCUCCAGCCCUCUGAUCAUCUUUACGGCCCUCCUCUGGACUCGCUCCAACAAGUCCAUGUCCUUCUGAUGUUUGGUGCCCCAGAGCUGGAUGCAGUACUCCAGGUUGGGUUUCCCAAGAGGAGAGCAGGAGAAUCACCUCCCUUGACCUCCUGGCCACACUUCUUCUGAUGCAGCCCAGGAUAUACAUGACUUUCCGGCUGCAAGUGCAUAUUGCUGGCUCCUGUUGAGCUUCUCAUCAACCAACACCCCCAAGUCCUUUUCCUCAGGGCUGCUCUCAAUCCAUCCUCCAGUCAGCCUGUAUUUGUGCUUGGGAUUGCCCUGACCCUUGUGCAGGACCUUGUACUUGGCCUUGUUGAACAACAUGAGGUUCACAUGGGCCCACCUCUCGAGCCUGUCGAGGUCCCUCUGGAUGACAACACUUCCCUCCAGUGUGUUGACGACAUCACAAGGCUUGGUGUCAUUGGCAGACUUGCUGAGGGUGCACUCAGUCCCACUGUCCCUGUGGCCAACAAAGGUGUUGAACUGCUCCUGUGCCAAUACAGACAUCUUCCUGGUAACUUUGUUCUUUGUGCAAUUGAUGAAUAAGGUGAGUGCCUUUAUUGCAUGGCAGAUGUUCUCAGAAAUGCAGUCUGGUUUGCUUCUACCGGACCAAAAAGCUUUUAUGCACACCAAUAUAAAUAAUGAGAUUUCCUCUUGUAGCUGGCAGAUUUCCCGUGGAAAUGCUUUAGAGAUUUAUGCUCUGUGUAACUUCCACAUCCUUUAUUGUUAAUACAGUCAUGUAUGUAAAAUAUUUUUGAUAUCAGGUUGAUAAAUGCAGUGCUCCUACAUUCAUUUUGCAGUACCAAACCACUUCUGAACAGUCAGAGGUGUUCACACCCUUUCAGUGGUGCUGUCACGUGGAGCAGAGCUGUGAGAUUCAGGCCAUGGAGUCUGGCACUUGAGAACUAGCUGCUCUAAUGCAAUUAUCUUUGUUAAUGGAAAAAUUCAAGAUAAUCCUUUCUCAACAAAUCUAGAACUUUCUGGUUGUUUCUACUUGAUGAGUGAAUAGCUAAUCUCAGAAUACUUGAUUUACCUGGGGAAAUGAAUGAUGUUGAUAUAACCGACUGAGUGAGACUAACUUCCUACUCUGGCCUACCUUCUUCUUACAUGCAUACACAUUUCUAAAUAAAAUUCUGAGAAUAUUUAAGGUAAAAAUUGAUAACCCAAGGUAUCUAUUAAGAUCAAAUUAUCUGUGAAAGAACUAGGCCCUCCUGAAGUAUUUUAUUUCCAAAUAACCACUGUUCUUGUUCAUGAUUUACCAUUUGCGUAUGUAUAUCUGUGUUUCAAUAGAGCUAUUACUCUACACGUUAUGUGCAGUGCUCUGUAAUAUAAUGGAAAAUCCAUGUUCUUAAUUUGAAUAAAGGAGCUUUAUAAUAAUA